AUGGAAAAACGUGUUGGUUCCACUUUAAUCAUCGACGAACCGUUCGAAUGGUACGACGAUAGUAGUUUAGAGGUGUUUGCGAACGCGAUUGAGGCCGAAGAAGCCGAAAGUUCCACGGCAUGGUCAGGACUGAAGCGUAAAGUGGUGAACCGCAACCGUUGGACCGCUUCACAAAGCAGCGAAUAUCUGUGUAAACCAACAACACAUGAUAUCCACCGUUUGUUUGAAGCACACGAAGAGAGGCAUCACUUGCCUGGAAUGCUCGGUAGUCUAGAUUGUACACAUCUUGUUUGGAAGAUGCGUCCAAACGAGUGGAGGGGUCAAUACAAAAGGGGUGAUCAUGAGUACCCCACUAUUAUGUUGGAAGCAACGACGUCUCAGGAUUUAUGGAUAUGUUACGCCUUUUUUGGUCCUCUGGGUGCUCUAAACGACAUCAAUAUGUUGCAACAAUCUCCCUUGUUCCUCCCCGAGCGUAUGGGCACUGCUUCUUACUAUCCAUUCACUCUAAAUGGGCGUAUUUAUAGACGUGGCUACUAUCUAGUAUAUGGCAUAUAUCUUAUAUGGUCUACGUUUGUUAAAGCGUACAAAUACCCUACCAACCCGAAAGAAAAAAUAACCAAUAUAGAUAUAGAACAGGAGAUAUAA